AUGUCAUGCGAUCCAAAGUCCACCCAUGCCGGUCUCGUUCGAUACACAUGUGCUUUACGAUUAGCAGGGGCGGCGAUAUGUGAUGCUGAGAGACGCUUACGCGACGAUGUUUUCGUGGCGAUAACUCUCUUCGGAAUGAUUGAGAUGUACGAAGGAGGCUCUAAGGACGCUCUGGUAAAGCAUCAACAAGGAGGCCUCGAUUUGCUUUGUCUACGGACUCCAUCAAACCAUUGCAAAGGCAUGGGCCACUCUAUCUAUGCAGAUUUGCGCCUGUCAUGGAUCCUCUCCGCGAUCUCAAACGGACGAACAUUCCUGGCUAGCGACGACUGGAAAACUAUCCCCUGGACCGAAGCGAGCCCACGAAGCAACUUACACAGUCUACUAGACAUUGCCGCGGAUAUUCCCGGGCUUUGGAGACAAAUGGGAUGCACAUCGCCAGGCUCGGAGUCUGCUUCCCCGUGUACCUCGCUGGAUGAAUAUGAGUACAAUGCCGAGGAUCAAGCCACGCAAAUAGUUCAUCGCCUACAAGAGUGGAAAAAAUCGCAACCGUUUGACGCCCUUCCCGAACCUACCGAGGCGCUUUUCACCGUCAUGGACGAUUUCCCGGUAUUCGAGAUGCACGAUUCCGCUUCGGGAGCCCAUCGACCACGGGACCUGGUUUACCCUAAUGUUGACGUGUGUGCGGCAACGAUCUCAUACUGGGCCUUUUACCUCGCAGUCCCUACCGGAGCGUCCCUAACUUGGCGUUAUCAAUAUGCCUGCAACAUCUGCCGCAGUAUGAGAUUCUGCGUGCAAAACUUUCCAUUCGCUUUAACCUGCCUGGUCAGGUUUGCAUUGAAACUGGUCGGUGUCGUUUUCUCUGCUGACAGCAUUGAGGGACAGUUUCCUCAGAAAUUGUCCCAUUAUUUCUACCAAAAGUAUCGGUUCUCUAUCCUUGACUGA